AAUACAUUGGGAGGGCAGUUAUGACUACUGUGUGAUAUGAAGACAUUGGGAGGGGUAUUAACGUCUUAUAUAAAGCUGUGAACUGGGAGACAUAAGACAGUUCAACUUACAUUUUGACAAGAAGACUUCCUUCAGCAUGGGUUCUCUCGUCCGUGUGGUAGUGUGUGUGCUGAUGUUGGUGGUUGUGUGUCGAGCUCAGUGCUUCUUCCAGGAGCUGGAGACCAAAGACCCCAAGAAUCCAACAAAGGGGUGUGUGGAUAAGGAGGGAAAGCAGCAUGUGUUUGGCUCUUCAUGGGUGAAGGACUGCUAUGACUGUUCCUGCUCCAUGCGAGGCAUCAGAUGCUGCAACAGGAUCCCAGCGGUGGUGGAUCUCUCAGCAGAGUGUGAGCUGGUGGUGGACAGAAAAGCCUGCUCAUACAGAGUGGUGAUGAAGUCAGACAAGACCAAGGACUGUAACAGCUCCUUCAGUAUGGUCUUAUAAAAAUGUCUGCAUGGUUGCAUGUACACACCAACAUGUAUAGAUGGAACUUACAUCAAAUAAAACAAGGCAACAGUGAA